AUGGUAGGAAAGACUUUUUAAUUUUAAUAUUUUACGAGCAAUUAGUGUCAAGCAACACUAAAUUGAAAACGUCAAAAAUAUAAAAAAAGCCGCAAAGGCUGUGUAUAUUUUAAUUUUACGUUUAAAAAUGUUGUUUUUCUUGUUUUAAUCUCAUAUUUAGUGCAAUUUUUUUGUUCUAGUCCCUUUUUUCAAUGUAGAAAAGUAGCAAGUAUAAAAUCAUUGACGGUAUUCAUUUUCGUGCCAUUUAUUAUUAGUGGUUUCUUUGUUAUGAAAAGAAGUUACUUUCUUAUGGUGAUUUUGUUUUGAAAAGUGAUAUCAGUACGCUAUGAAAAUGUGAAACAAAUGUUCUAGAGCCUAAUUGACACAAUGUUCAUUGGAUAUCCCGCCAUUUUGUAAUAAAACUGGAAAAUCGCAAUUUGCAAUGUAGUGUAUUACGGUUUUCACACUAAGAAAAGAUGAAUUUAACAAUUUUCUAAUAAGAGUUAUUACAACUACAAUACUACGUUAAAAAUGUCGACGUUACACAGUCAAACUGAUUGGACGAAUAUAAAACAAAAAAAAUUGGACUCAAAGUAUGAAAAAUGUAGAAAUAUUACAGAAGAGAUAUACAAACGUAUAAAUCUUACAUUUCCGGUGAAGAAAUUAGAGAAUCCACCUCAGAGUGAUUUGUCAGAAAGUGCAUCUAUUGACAGCAAUGACUUGAGUAAUGAAACAGACCUUUUUGCUUGUGAUAAAUCAUCUAUAUCAAGUAGCACUGAGCUGGAAGGAUUGGAGUUGGGUAGCAUUGCUUGUGAGAAGUAUAUUAACAUAAAUAACAAUGAAGAAAGAGUAAAGCAGACCUGGCAACCAAAAAAGCCAAAGAAAAGAUUCCGCAAACGAAUAAAGAAGCAUCAAAAACAAUCCAAACAGUCAGAUGGUUCUAGUGAUGAGGCUGUACCACUCAGCCGAAUUGGGGACAUAGAUGUUAGACGAAGUACGUCACCUGAGAGACCUAAUGACGUUAUGGGGGUACCUAAUAUUGUCAUUAUCACCAGUGAUCUCAAAUAUAAAAUCAAAUCACCAACACCAGUCAAAGACAAGAAGAUGUCAAAACCAGAGAUAAUAGAAAGCAAAGACUCAGACUCCUCUGAGUUAUCUAUAAAAGAUAAAAGAGUUUGCAAAAUUUGCAACUUGGUUUGUAGAGGGGAGAGAGGACUUAGGCGUCAUCUCAAAAUGAGUCAUUUUGAAAACCCACAUUUUACUGCAGAGCAACGGAAUUCGCAAUAAGUAAAUAUUGUUGUUUUUAUAUGAAAUUUGAUAUUUUUUUUAUUUUAUUGGAUUUUAAAUCUAGAAAUCGCGGGACGAUGCACGUUUUAAAUGUUUUUAAAUUCACAGCUCAAUGAUAAGGAAUCAACAGUGACAUAUCUUGAUUUCAAAAAUCCAUACAAAUAACGCAUUUGUAUUUUUCUAGUAUAUAAAAAUUUCAGUGACAUUUCAAAUAUUACAAUAGUAAAGAUUUAGAUUACAUUACUUGUUAAGUUUAGGUAUACUGUCAGCAAAUUAAUCAAUUCCAAAUUUAAAUUUAUUUUUUUUAUGUAUUUUUUUUAAAAUAUGGAAGUCACAAUUUUUCGACAAAUAAUCUACUAAUUUUGAGAUAGAAAUUUUGCUGGUAGUAUAUAAGGUACGCUAAGUUGUAAAGAUACUAUUUAUUAGAAUUAGUUCUCGAAUCCCUGUUCUGUUAUGAUUUUCUAUUGUUUAUGAAUGCUAGAAUUGAUCAGAAUAUGACAAUUGACGUUCCGCUCGUUGCCGUUGGCGUUAAUGAAUCUAAAUAUCAUAUAAAUAAUAUAAAUAUCCUGCAAUAAAAAAAUUACAUAGUCUAUACAAAUACUAUCAUCAAAAAUCUAUCAGACACAAAGUAUUGCAAUAUUUUACCUUCAGUAUUAAACACGUCAUAGACAGCGAGAAUUCGAAGUACAUGUGGUUUGUUUAUCUGUACUUUUUACGACUUAACGUACACACCUAUAAAAUUAAUAGAUAUAGAUAGAUGAUUUGGCGUUUUGGUAUUCAAGGGGAAUGGGUGGUUGUCCAGGAUUAAAAUAAGUAUUACGGAGUUAAGAUUAUUACCAUCUUUUAAUUAUAUAUUAUAUAAUUUGGGGAAAUUUGAACUUGAAUUCAAUGGAAACAUUUGUAAUACUUAUUUUAAAACCUGGAUGACGUAAAUGAUGGCAGGGUUUACAAUCUGUGAUUGGAUGUGAUGUAAGUUAGGAUUUUAUACCAUAAAUUAAAAAUAAUGGUUCGCUUUGACAAGUGAUGUUGGUUUAUGGUUUUUUAAACAUGGCGGAAUAUUAUAAGAUGUCAAAAGAAACAUGAAGAAAAUUAUUUUUUUACUAAAAUUGAUCUUAAAACAAUUAUUGGUUUUGUCUUUGACCAUAAUUAACAAAAGUUUUUACAAUAUUCUGUCUGUAUCAAAUAUGGCACAAAAAUAUACGAUUGCCAAAGCAACGUAUGUGACGCAACGAAACAUUAGGGAUAUUUUUUAUUUGAGAGGUGGCAACAUAGUUGCCUUUUCCAUUAGGGAUAGAUUGAAAAAAAUAAUAAUAAUGUCAGUAGGUAGUUAAAAUGUCAAAAUUGGCGAUUAACCAUUAUAUUUUUAGUUUAUGGUAGAAAUAAAAAUUUUGAAUCGGCCGAUUUUGAGUACAAAAUUUUAGAGUAAGUGUUUUUUAAAAAUAAUUAUUCUAAUAAAUAUCUUCUUAGCGUAUUGCUUAGGUUAAGAACAAUAGUUGGGCGAGCCGUUUUGCGAAAUUAGUUUAUUUUUUUCAAGAUUUUGCUACAG